AUGGAAAAACAAGGAAUGCUAUCAGAGAAGGGGCCCGCAGAUAAGGGUCAUCUGGUUUAUCUGAUUAUGCUAUUGCAUGGUGUUGGAACUUUGAUGCCAUGGAAUAUGUUCAUCACCAUUGCGCCUGCGUAUUUUGUGAAUUACAAACUGAUGGAGACUGAUGAACAAGGCGUACGACAUUCUACGCCGUAUUCGCGGAACUUUUUCAGUUAUUUGGGAAUAUGCUCGCAAUUGCCUUGUCUCUUAAUGAAUCUGAUCAAUAUAUUUAUUGAAUCCAAAACUCCUUUGAUUGGUAAUCCUGUAGUUAGUGGCUAUGACAAUAAAGGACUGCAACAGUCGACGCUCGCUAUUCCCUUCGAGCAGUCCGCCAUGCGUGGGCGUACCUAUCCAUUGCCCGAACUCGGUUCUCGCGUGCGGCCAGAAAGGUCAAGCUCGAUUCGCAGAGCCCAUAGCACCUUGUUUGCGGUCGACGUUCCAGCAGCUUUGUUGCCACUACCACUAGCAUAUCUACAGGAUUAUCCAUCCCAUCUAUUCAUAAGACGAGGUGGUUUAGUAAGGCGGAUAGCCGUCUCGUUGGUAGUUGUUGGAUGUAUUUGUGUGAUUACACUUCUGCUGGUUCUUGUGGAUACGUCUCAUAUGGUGACCACAUUCUUCUUGAUCACCAUGAUCACAGUAAUGAUACUGAACGGUGCGAAUGGUAUUUAUCAGAACUCGAUAUUCGGCCUCGUCUCUGCAUUCCCACAGCAAUUCACCAACGCCAUCGUUGUGGGCAAUAAUCUCUGUGGAACAUUCGUAUCUCUCAUCAAUAUAGUCACAUUACUUGUGGCUGAUACCAUCGAAGUGGCCGCAGUCGGUUACUUCGCAAUAGCGCUUCUAACCGUUGCAGCGUGUUUCGGCAGUGUUUUCAUAUUACCCAAACUGGAUUUCUAUCGAUACUAUCAGAACAAAGCUGCUGAAAGCCACAAAGACAUCGAUUUGGAUCAACCGAAUAAACCUAAUGCAAGUAAACUGCAACUAUACCUUGAUGUUUUUAAACAGGUUUGGGUGCAAUGUAUGAAUGUUUUCUUAACAUUUUUCGUCACAUUAACCAUCUUUCCUGCAAUUAUGGCUGAAAUAAAGUUGUACCGUGCUGAUGGCAAAUACGACUUCAUUCUGCCUGAAUUCUUAUUCACGCCAGUCACCACAUUCCUCUUGUUCAACCUGCUCGCUAUGAUUGGUUCAACUGUGGCCAAUUUCGUGCAAUGGCCCUCACCUCGAUUCCUCUCGAUUCCCGUUCUGAUCCGAUUGUCUCUAAUCCCGCUGAUGAUGUUCUGCAACUAUCGCCCGGCUCGUCGCACUUGGCCCGUCUACUUUACCAGUGAAUACGUCUACUUCGUAUUCGCCAUUAUCAUGUCAUUCACCAAUGGUUACUUCAGCUCGCUGGGCAUGAUGUACGCUCCGAAAUCCGUUGAUAAAUCAAAGGCUGCUGUUGCUGGCAUGAUGUCUGCGUUCUUCCUCAUUUUUGGUAUUUGCUGCGGUGUGGCAUUCACCUUCUUCGUAGCAUAUUUCACUGAUUACCUGGGACCGAAUGCACAGCUUUUGUUACCGUAA